CAUAACCACCCCGUUGGAGCGGACUACUACAAACUGUACCACGAGGUGCGACGUGUACAAGAUGAAGCUCUCCUUGCAGACGUCGAAAAACUUCGCAAGGCCGGCUCAAACAGAAAACGAAUUCUUGAGUAUAUUUUGGAGCACUCGUCGGCUGAACCCACCAUGAAGGAUGUCCAUAACCUCAUUGCGAGAUUAGAGAAGAAGGCUCUUAGCGCUGAUACACUGGAAGAUCGUAUC